AUGGAGCCCGGCCAGGCCCCGGCGACCCCCUCCGCCGCCCCCGGCCCCGCAGCGCCCGUGCUCGCCCACGCCCCCGCCCCCGCCCCGCGCCUCCCGCCACUGGCCACCUCGACCGACGCCGCCGUGGCGGAGAUGGUGGCGGCCACUCACGUCGGCCAAAAACGGAGGCGGGCGGGCACCCACCUCGUGCCGAGCAAGCCGCCCGUGCCCGCCCCCGCGGCGAAGCCGGCGGGGAAGGCGGCUAAACCGGCGAAGCCCGGCAAGCCGGCAACCUCCACCGCGGCUGCUACCAAGCGCAAGGAGAAGCAACUCGCAAGCCGCAAGAGGGGGGCAGAGCAAGCGGUACCGCCACCACCGCCCGCCACUGACGUGUUCGAUGAAAUGUCCGCACCAACCGUGUCAUAUAGGGCAUUGCUCGACGACGCGGAGGUGAACAUCGCGUCUCCUCCACUUGCUUCCUUCGACUUCCAUGUUGAGGAGCCGACGGUUGAGGAGGGGGAGGCCGGUGAGGAGGAGGAGGAGAAAUAUGCCGACUUGAGGUACAAGGACAUGGCCGGUUCCAAGGGCAAAUCCUUCCCAUUCAUGCAUUGUUGGGCAUUUCUCCAACAUCUUGACAAAUGGAAACUGAGGGAUCAAGAGAGUGCACCGAAAAAAUCGGAUAUGCUCAAAAUGGAUGAUAGUGAUGACGAAGGAAGAAACCAUGACAAGCCCGGGGGAAACAAGAAGGCAAAAGAGAGGAUGAAGAUGGAAGCGGAGGCAUCAAGCUUGAAGGAAAAGCUUGAUCAAAUGAUCAAGUCAAAGGAGGCAUUGGCGGCGAAGGCAUUGGAGGCAAAGCUUAUUAUCACCGAGAGAAAGAAAGAGGUGAAACUUGCACAAUUGGAAGCAAGGCGAGAAGAUGCCAAGCGCAAGGCCGACAUGGAGGAGAGGAUGAUCAAGCUCAAGGAAGCAAAAUCAUGGAAGGAGCUGAUGGCCGAGGAGAAGGAGCACAUGAUGAUGUCUAGAAAGGACAUGGAUGAAGAGCGAUUGGCGUGGUGGAAGGAGUACAAGGAGAACAUCGCCGAGAGGAAGAGGCUACUGCGUGGUACUGGUGGUGGUGCAUCGUCUACUCUCCGAGGUGAGUCUCCGAUGAGUGGUGGAGGCGAUGGAGGUGUGGACAACUUCACCGGUGCUUGA